ACCUACAGACCUGUCCCAGUGUGUGACCACCCCCGUGCUAACGAUAAUUCUUCCGAUUAUCGAGUGGCUCAGAAGAGAGCAGCAGCAAGCCUUCCACCCAAUUAAACAGGAAUUAGUUCACCCAACUGCCACUGAUGUUGUGUGGAGGAAGUGACUUGCAGUGAUCACACAGUGGGCUCAAGUUGGAAUCCCUCGUUGUGCAGGGAUCUUGGAAAUGAUCGUGGACUGGAUGAAGGCAGAGAUUUUGGAACGUCAGCAGAGGAGGAGGUGAUGGGUGCCUGUGGCUGGGCUCGGGAUCGAGGGGUGGACUUGGCCGUGGAUGCUAUUGCACAGGUUAUCAUGAAUGUGAAGCACACAGGGCAAUUAAGCAAGUCAAGGGGAUAAUGACCAUUUGUCUGGAGGAUGAUGGCUGACAUAUAAAUAUGGGGGGGCCUGGAGGUGGAUCAUGUCACGUCCCACAGGCUCACCAUGGCAAUCAGCACAUGCUUGCAGUGAUGGGGCAGCCACUGAUGGGUGUUGAGCUCAACUUCUUUUCUGCUGUUUCCCAAUUCUCUCCCCCAUCCCCAAGGACGGGGCAGUGAGCAAAGGGGCUGAGCUGCUGCAGGGUAACACCACAACCCCGUGGCUGCACUGCCUGGUGCUGCAGGCCCCGACAUUGAGGUGUGGGGUCCUGGGCUGCCGUCCAUCCGCAGAGCUGGAACGGGAGCACUCAGGGCUUGGCUGGGGGCUUUCCUUCCUUCCUUUGUCCCCUGUGAGCAGCUGUCAGUGGUUCCAUUGCUUGUCCCUUGGUGUCUCUGUCAGCGUGGGAACACUUUCUGUGCUUUUUGCUUCUGCUUACGGGAAAUGGAGAGGGGCAGCGUAAAGGAAGUGGUGAAGGGAGGAGGUGAGAGUGAAGCAGGCAGAGGAGGCAGCGGGGUCAUCCUGAGCACACUGAGCUGUGCCCCCUCCUGUGCUCCUGCGCCGUUGCUGAGCAGUGCUGCACAGAGCUGGGCUCCUGCAUCCUUCUGCACAUGGAGCACGUCCUCCUGGGCUGGGUGCUGCUGCUCGGCACCUGGACUGCUGCAUCGGCUGCCAGCAUUAAGAACAGCCAGAUCAAGGAGGUGGCGAUGGACAUGGCCCCCAACUCCUUUGAUGACCAGUACCAGGGCUGCAUCGACUUGAUGGAGGCUGAGCUGCCAGAGCUGAACCGCACCGAGUUCAACAACAGAACCUACGCUGAGGGCUGGCGUUCUGCCACCAAAUUGUGGCAGAGCCGAUCGAGUAAAGCCACCAGCCCAGUGGUGUUGGGACGGGAUCAGGCCAUAGCUGUGCUGGCGUACACGAUGGAGGGGAAUCUGUACCGCGUCUUCAACAAUGCCACGCUCACGGCUGGGAGCUCCCGGCAGCACUACCUGAGCUCCUACCCCUUCAAGACGCUGCAUUUCCUCCUGAGCAGAGCCCUGCAGACCCUGCGGGAAUCCCAGACCCAGCAAUGCCACCACGUCUUCCGCGGUGUCAAUGGCACCCGAUUCACAGCACAGCAAGGCCAGGUGGUUCGCUUCGGCAAAUUCACCUCCACUUCCUUCAGCCCGGGGGUCGCUGAAGGGUUUGGCCGGCACACGUUCUUCUUGGUGCAGACCUGCUAUGGUGUGCCCAUCAAGAACUUCUCUGCAUUCUCCGAUGAGGACGAAGUCCUCAUCCCACCUGCCGAGCAGUUUGAGGUCACCUGCAUCACCUACAUGAAGGAAGGAAACUUCAUCCAGCUCGAAUCCCGGGGGAUGAAGAGCAAGUACAACUGCGAGUUCGUGAAGGGUAAGGGCUGCAGUGCUCCAGAAGGGGGAGCUUGGGUGAAUUGGGCACAGUGA